GGGCGGGUUUAGCCGGGAGGUGGGUGCCGAGUGUUGAGCGGUGACAUCGCGUGCCGGAGCUGCGAGCGGUUGGCUCAGCUCGUUGGGACCGGCAAAGGGGGGCAUUGAGCCCAGCCCGGCACCGCCGCGAUGCCUUCCGGACCCCCCCAUACUACAGCCACUGGUUCGGGGCACCGGUGAGCCCUAUGGGGCUCCCUUCCCCCCCGCGGACGCUAUGCGGACCAUGAGCCCCCUGCCCCUCUUUUUACUGCUGCUUUGGGAUCUCCUGGACCUGGCGCUGGCCUACCUGACAGUCAGCAUCGAGCCACUGCCGCCUGUGGUGGUGGGCGACGCUGUGACGCUGAAAUGCAACUUCAAGACGGAUGGAAAGAUGCGGGAGAUCGUCUGGUACCGGGUUACUGAUGGCGGCACAAUCAAGCAGAAGAUCUUCACCUUUGAUGCCAUGUUCUCCACCAAUUUCUCACACAUGGAGAACUACAGGAAGAGGGAGGACCUGGUCUACCAGUCCACAGUGCGCCUCCCUGAGGUUCGCAUUUCGGACAAUGGCCCCUAUGAGUGUCACGUCGGGAUUUAUGACCGAGCCACACGGGAGAAGGUGGUCCUGGCGUCCAGUAAUAUAUUCCUCAAUGUGAUGGCUCCGCCAACAUCUAUCUCAGUGAUCGCUGCUGACACACCAGCGCCCUUCAGCCGCUACCAGGCACAGAACUUCACCUUGGUGUGUGUAGUGUCCGGUGGCAAGCCUGCCCCACUGGUGUACUUCAAGCGUGAUGGGGAGCCCAUUGAGGCCACCCCGCUGCCAGAGCCACCAGCUGCCACCAGGAACUGGGCACCUCGCAACCUCCUACACCGUGACCUGGAUGACACCAAGGUGCCCCAAUCGCUGGCCGAGGGAGAAAUGGGGGGCGGGCCCCCCAACACCGCAGAACCCCCACGGGGGCUGACAGCUGAGCGGGGUCCCACCGCUGAAGCCAUCCCCGAAACUGUGGUGAGCCGGGAGUUCCCACGCUGGGUGCAUGUGGCGGAGCCCAUUUACUAUUUCCGCCACACACACGUGCCCAUCAGUGAUGGCACAGUGGAGGCACGGGCCACCCUCACCUGGACACUCAACCCCCAAAUCGACAACGAGGCACUUUUCAGCUGUGAGGUGAAGCAUCCAGCGCUCUCCAUGCCCAUGCAGUCAGAGGUGACUCUCGUUGCUCCCAAGGGCCCUAAAAUCAUCAUGACCCCAGUGAGAGCCCGGGUUGGAGACACUGUUCGGAUCUUGGUGCAGGGCUUUCAGAAUGAAGUCUUCCCUGAGCCCCUCUUCACAUGGACCCGUGUGGGAAGCCGGCUCCUGGAUGGCAGUGCCGAGCACGCUGGGAAGGAGCUGGUGCUGGAGCGAGUGCCAGCUGAGCUCAAUGGCUCCAUGUACCGCUGCACUGCGCAGAACCCACUGGGUUCCACUGACACCCACACCCGCCUCAUUGUCUUUGAAAAUCCAAAUAUUCCCCGAGGAACAGAGGACUCCAAUGCUAUGCAGGGACAAGUUUGCUCCAGAGGCCCCGGAUGGAUGGGAAUUAGGAGGAUUAGCAGCUCUGCUUUCAUCCUGAAGCAAAAAGAACCAAGCAUCCGAAUCCCUGCCGGCAAGAAAGGAUGCCAGCUGCUCAAUCCCCAGCGCUACAAACCGGCUGCCCUCUGCUCCAAACACUGGACCAGAGCCUCUGCAUCAUCAUGCCAAGGACUGUGCCCCACCACUACCCGUGCAGCUCGCAGAAUCCACCCUGCAGUGUGCUGAGAGCAUUUUCCCACCCAAGACUGUAGGAUUUAUUCCUACUCAACAUAACAUCAUGAGCAGCAGAGCAGUUGCAAUUAGCUGGGAAAUUGCUGGGAAUGGGAAGGAUGGCACAGGAAUGGAUGCCCAUCAAUACCAACAUUUGCUAAGCAAACAGCUGGAGACCUUGGUGAUGAGACCUCCCUCCCCCGAAAAAAAGUAAAAAGAAGGAUUUAAUAUCUUGCUGAACCAACAUGGCCCUCGGAAUGCAACUGGGCACUCAGGACUGGGGAGGGCAGAAAUCGCAGCUGGUACUGCCCACAUCCCAUCGCAUCACAAAGGCUCUUGGAGUGACUUUCUAUAAAGGUGAAAUCAUUUUCAGGAUAGGGAUCAACUUCCCUACCUGUAUACCUAUUUUUUAGGACUCAAGCAUGGAGCAUCCCCAAAAAUUCUGCAGCAUCACAGGAAGUUCAUCUCAACCCUGAUUUGGCAGCAAAGGCGUUAACUCCCAGCAUAGAUGGAUUUUCCCUGCCCUUUGUCGAUAAACAGAGCAGCAAUUACGCCACAUUUCUCUGAUGGCUACAGGUCUUUAGAAAAUAAACACAAUAGCACUUCACUGAAUAUCAAUGACACACAAACACAAUCCAUAAUUUCACUGGCAGCUGAGGCUUCCUAACUCCGGAGCUCUUUUUGUUGUUGCUGUUGUUUAAACCUUAAACAAAAAAGAAUCAGAUCCUUUCAUGUUUUACAACAUUUUCACCCUUUCAUUUUAAUGGAUGGUGACUGCAUUGACAUCUGACCAACUGGCUUUUUUUUUUUUUUCCUCCGGUGUUUUCUUUGUUUUUAAAGCUUGUGGCCACAAAACAAUCGCUCAAGCAAAAUAUUCAUAGGGAGAAUUGAAAUCCUCAAGGGGAAACAGGUUUGCUCUUGGUUGCUGUUUGGUCACAAGAGGACCUCUUCUCUUCCCCCCCCCCCCUCCAGUAAGAAGAAAUUUUUGCAAAAGUGUUUUUUCUAUCAUAAAUGAGUACUGCUUACACUCCCUAGGGCACUGAGGCCAUUGCAAACACUCCAACACACUCGUACAGCUUCCAAGUCUGUUUUACCACAUUUUGCAUUAAAACUGGUGGAAAAUAACAGAUUUUCCCCUUUUUCUCUCUUUUUUUUCCCCAUUCCCAGCCUGCAAAUCAAUACCAAGCCCAAAAUUCAGCGGGGCUGCAGCACAGAUCAUCUGAUCAUUUUCUGAAUUUUACGUGGGUUAUGUUUGCAGAACAUUCACCAUGCACAGUUUGGGGUUGAUUCUCAAUGCAAGCUCUCUGCUCCCCAUUGAUUCACAUCCGCAAAGCCUUUGGCCCAGGAUUUCCAGAUGCUCACUUUGAUGGGCUUGUUGGAGCCCCAGCACCUCAGUUAUGUAUGCUACUCAUCCCUUACGAAUUAUUGCAUGCAAAAUCAGCCCCAAAAUCCCUACUAGCAAGGAUGGAUGCAGGAAGUUCCACACCACCCUCCAUAUUGUGGUACCCACAGCAUACUCAUGCUCCUUCCUUAUAUCCCUUUGCUUGAAUGCAUGUUUUUUGACCAAGACAAUCGUAAGGUCCCCUAAAAAAACACAAAACUUGACAGAAAUCUGGAGUGGGACCCAUAACGGGAAUGGGAAGUGCAGAUUUUCCCCCUCUCUGAUUUUUCUCUUUGCACAUAUUUUGGAUUGGAGCAGACAAGGGAAGGAUUCCAUGCAAAGCACCAAAUAAGAGGAAAAUACUAUAUGGGAAUUGCUAAGUCACAGCCUGAACCAAUGAUAGAGCACCUGGUGAAGGGACAUAGCCAGCCCUGGGAGCACAACUCACCCAUGCAAUCAGAAUGGUGGUACCAGGUUCCCUAAGCCUCAUUUAAGGGCUAGCUGCCACAAGAAAAGUUUCUCUCUCUAGAGAUCCUUUCUUUUGGUGUAUUUGGUGAGCCCUGAUCCCUGGGAUGGGUAAGCAAAUCUUUAUUUCUUUAACUGGAUUUUGACCAUCACCAGUUUUGGGGGAAUUUAGAACUUGUUUAUCUGCCAUUGCCACAUUUCCACAGCUGAAUGCCCUUUUCACUGUUGCAUCUGUAUUUUUUUCUCUUUCAUUUGUAGCUUGCACCCUUCCCAACUUUUCUUCUUUUGAUCUUGCACUAUUUGGUGUUCUUCUAUAUAUUAUUACUACCAUAGCAGAAGCUGACAUGUUUCUGCAGAGAAACCCAGAAGGAGCAGAAUAACAGAUUCCAAGGUCAGACUGGGCCAUAUGUUUCUUCUCAGCAUUACAGACACACCACUCAGUAAUUCCGGUGGAAAUGGAGGGCUCACGUCUCACCUCCACUCCCAAACCCUUGAUCUUGCACUAAGACCCUCAUUCUUCUUACACCCCAAUGGAGAAGAGGAACACUCAUUCCUUGACACUGUUCACUUCCUACAUGAAGAAAAGGGAAGAGCAAAAACAAUCAUUUCAGUGAAUUUCAUCCAAUUUACAGUCUGGCACUUAGUUCUAGCAAGCCAAGAUUGAUGUAGAGGACCUUGAGACUGUGGGAAAUGCGGGCGGGUAUAGGGCUUGUGGGAGGUGGGUCGUGGGUGGACGGAUGUACAUGGGUUUCCGGGGCGUUCGGGUGUACGGGUAUAAAAAGCUUUGUUGCGCAGCAUUAAAUUGGCAUUCGGCGCUUGGCAC